AUGCAGUCCCGAAGCCUUCUCAUCUUGCUCUCGGCCCUGGCCGUCACGUCUGCCUCUCCGCUGAGACGACGACUAUGCGCUGACAACGGCACGGCCACUGAGCCCGCGGCGCCAUCUUCUACAGUCAGCGUCGCCUACACUCUGCCCAGCACCGGUGGCGCCACUACACUACCGUCACCUGGCGACGCGACGCUGAAGCACAUCGCCGUCGGCCACGGCAUCCAGAACUACACCUGCACAGCACCCGGCGCCAACGCAACCUCGCUUGGGGCCCUGGCGGUCCUGUGGGACGUCACAAGCCUGUACCCUGGCUCAGGCACGGCCGCCCUCUCCGACGCCGACUGGACGGCGCUGCCCCCCAAGGUCCUGCGCACGACGGACCUGCCGCUCAACCUAGCCGACGCCGCCAGCUCAGACGCGGCCGACGUGGCGAACCCGUUCCCGGCGCCCGCGAGCCUGACGGUCGACGGGCUGGCGGCGCCGCUCGCCUUCCUGGGCCACCACUUCUUCAGCGACACGAACGUGCCGACCUUCGACCUGUCGGGCGACACGGCGCAGGUGCAGCUGUUCUCGGGCAAGAAGGACCUGGGCAUCACGGCGCCCGCCGACUCGGACCGCGGCCUGACCGACACGGGCGCCGUCGACUGGCUCGCGCUCAGCGACAAGGGCGGCAGCGAGAACCUGAGCCUCGUCUACCGCGUCGUCACGGCCGGCGGCCAACCCUCCGCCUGCACCGAGACGGGCCAGACCGAGAGCGUGGCGUACGCCGCCCAAUACUGGUUCUACUAG